AAAGGUCGGCUGGAAGCUAAAUGGGAGAGGUUUCACGGAUACUGGUUUCCGUUGUGUGUUACUUGACAGUCUGUGACGAUUGACGGGAGUCCAUCAGCUCAGUGGCCAUUGAUGGACCAUCCCUAUGAAGACACAGGGUUACAAUGGGACAGAGCACCUCGGAACAAGAGGUCCAAGAAGACAGCCCCGGCCCCACAGAGGACGGGUUUAAUAACUUCAAGACGUUUGUGGAGGAGGAACUACAGACGAGCAUGAUGGUGGGGAUGGUGAUUGGUGCAGGCAUCGCCAUAGUCCUUAUCGCCAUCCUCAUAUUCUUCAUCCUGCGAAGAAUACAGCUUCGGAACCUCGAAGCUCAGGAGGCCCCCAAGUACCGCUUUCGUAAGAGGGACAAAGUCAUGUUCUACGGGCGUAAAAUCAUGCGUAAAGUCUCACAGUCUACCUCCUCCCUGGUGGGCACGUCCUCGUCCUCUCGGCCACGGCUAAAGAAGAAGCAGAAGAUGCUCAACAUUGCCAAAAAGAUACUGCGCUUUAAGAAGGAAGUGCCCAUCCUGCAGGCCAAGGAGCCCCCUCCCUCUGUGCUGGAGGCUGACCUCACUGAGUUUGAUGUGGCCAACUCCCACCUCCCCUCUGAGGUGCUCUACAUGCUCAAAAAUGUCCGCGUGCUGGGUCACUUUGAGAAGCCCCUCUUCUUGGAGCUGUGUAAACACAUGGUGUUUGUGCAGUUCCAACAAGGGGAGUACGUCUUCAGGCCGGGCCAGCCUGACAGCAGCAUCUACGUGGUUCAGGAUGGGAAACUAGAAAUGUGCCUUACUGGAACGGAUGGCAAAGAAAGUGUGGUGAAGGAGGUUUACCCAGGAGACAGUGUCCACAGCCUCCUCAGCAUCCUGGAUGUCAUCACAGGCCACCAGAAGCCUUACAAAACAAUGUCGGCUCGAGCUGCAGAGGUUUCUACUGUCCUCCGUUUGCCCGUAGAAGCCUUCCUCGCCAUAUUUGAGAAGUAUCCAGAGAGCCUGGUGCGAGUGGUGCAGAUUAUCAUGGUUCGACUCCAAAGAGUAACAGUCCUGGCUCUGCACAACUAUCUGGGGCUCACCAAUGAGCUCUUCAGCCAUGAAAUGCAGCCCUCGCGUCUGCCCCCUCCAUCUCCCCACCCGACGCGCACCAGUCCUAUCCGCCACGGCAAACGCUUUGGCAGCCUGACAGUGCCUGAGGAGCAUCGAGAAGCUGCCAUUAAAGGAGAAGCUACAGGAGGGGAACCAGGCAAGGAUGGAGCAACAGUGCCAACUCUCAGCAGAACUAUCUCCAUGCCUGUGGACAUAGCAGGUAUACAGAAGAGUCUGAGAUCAGACUUUGAUAUGGCGUACGAGAGGGGGCGGAUCUCCGUCUCUGCAGAGGAUGGCAACACUCCGCCUACCUUCACCCGGUCUGUGUCCCAGGACCAGCGAGAGAGGAAGGUGACAGUGGACGAGGUCCCCUCAGGGAUCUAUCUGUAUCCUGAGGAGGACACAGGAGUGGACAACAUUUUCACGCCUGUGUCUGGUCGCUGCAGCACUGCUCAGUUUGAGGAAGCGCAGAAAGAAGUCCUGAAACUCAUGAGAAUCGAGGACCCAGCCUUGUUGAAUGGGAAAGUGACUCUGCAUCAUGCAAAGGCUGGAGCUGUCUUAGCCAGACAAGGAGACCAGGACGUGAGUCUGCACUUUGUCCUGUCUGGCUGUCUGCACGUCUACCAGCGGAUGAUUAACAAACAGGAGGCCGUCUGCUUGUUUGUGACACACCCGGGAGAGAUGGUGGGCCAGCUCGCCGUGCUCACAGGAGAGCCCCUCAUCUUCACCAUCAAGGCUGUCAGAGACUGCACUUUCCUCAAGAUCUCAAAGUCUGAUUUCUACGAGAUCAUGAGGGAGCAGCCCAGCGUGGUGCUGAGUGCGGCUCACACUGUGGCCAUCCGCAUGUCCCCCUUUGUGCGGCAGAUGGACUUUGCCAUCGACUGGAUGGCUGUGGAGGCCGGCAGAGCUCUGUACAGACAAGACGACCAGUCGGACUGCACCUACAUUGUUCUGAACGGACGUCUGCGUUCAGUCAUUCGUAAGACCAAUGGCAAGAAAGAACUGGUGGGUGAAUACGGCAGAGGAGACCUCAUUGGAGUGGUGGAGGCCUUGACCAGACAGCCGAGAGCCACCACUGUCCACGCAGUGAGAGACACAGAGCUCGUCAAACUGCCUGAAGGAACGCUCAACAACAUCAAAAGACGAUAUCCUCAGGUGGUGACGAGACUGAUCCACUUGUUGGGUCAGAAGAUUCUGGGGAACCUGCAGCAGGGCCGUGGGCCAUUCUCAGGUUCAACUCUGAGUCUGCCCGCUAUGACAACCAGUGCUGAUGUCACCAACCCUGCCAGUAACCUCUCCACUGUGGCGGUCCUGCCUGUGUGUGACGAGGUGCCAAUCAACGCAUUCAACCUGGAGCUCAGCCAUGCCCUCAGUGCCAUUGGUCCCACUUUGCUGUUAACCAGUGAAAUCAUCAGAGAGCGACUCGGUGCUUCUGCUUUGGACAGUAUCCAUGAGUACCGGCUCUCCGGCUGGCUGGCCCAGCAGGAGGACAUUAAUCGGAUUGUCCUGUACCAGACGGACAACAGCAUGACCCCAUGGACUCAGCGCUGCAUCCGCCAGGCUGACUGCAUCCUCAUCGUCGGCCUUGGUGACCAGGAACCGACUCUGGGAGAGUUGGAGCAGAUGCUGGAGAACACAGCAGUCCGCGCUCUGAAGCAGUUGGUCCUCCUGCACAAAGAGGACGGGCCGGGCCCCUCCAGGACGGUGGAGUGGCUCAAUAUGCGGAGCUGGUGCUCUGGACAUCUACAUCUCAAGUGUCCUCGCAGAGUCUUCUCAAGACGCAGCCCGAGCAAGCUGAGGGAGGUGUACGAGAAGGUGUUUGAGAAGACAGCAGACAGGCACAGUGAUUUCUCUCGGCUGGCCCGAGUCCUCACUGGAAACAGCAUCGCUGUGGUGCUGGGAGGAGGAGGAGCCAGAGGCUGCUCUCAUGUGGGUGUGAUCAAAGCUAUGGAGGAAGCAGGGAUUCCUAUCGACAUAGUGGGCGGGACUUCAAUCGGCUCAUUUAUUGGUGCAUUGUACGCUGAAGAGAGGAGCGCGGUCAGAACCAAACAGAGAGCCAGAGAGUGGUCGAAGGCCAUGAACUCAGUCUUCAAAACAGUCCUGGACCUGACCUACCCCAUCACCUCCAUGUUCUCCGGCUCCGCCUUCAACACGAGCAUCUACAAAGUGUUCCAGGACAAGCAGGCCGAGGACCUGUGGCUGCCGUACUUCAACGUCACCACUGACAUCACAGCCUCGGCCAUGCGGGUUCAUCAGGACGGCUCUCUGUGGCGCUAUGUGCGAGCGAGCAUGACCCUCUCGGGGUAUCUGCCGCCUCUCUGUGACCCCAAAGAUGGCAACUUACUAAUGGACGGUGGCUACAUCAACAACCUGCCAGCUGACAUUGCGAGGAACAUGGGCGCUAGAACGGUCAUCGCCAUCGACGUGGGCAGUCAAGACGAGACUGACCUCUGCAACUACGGUGACUCUCUGUCUGGAUGGUGGUUGUUGUGGAAGCGGAUCAAUCCCUGGGCAGAGAAAGUGAAGGUACCGGACAUGGCAGAGAUCCAGUCUCGGCUGGCUUACGUCUCGUGUGUUCGUCAGUUAGAGGUCGUGAAGAAGAGUGCCUACUGCGAGUACAUCAGACCACCAAUCGACAGAUUCAAGACCAUGGACUUCGGAAAGUUUGAUGAGAUCUAUGACGUCGGCUUCCAGCACGGCAAGCUGCUCUUUACGGGCUGGGCCAGAGGUGACAUCAUCGAGAACAUGCUGAAGGAUCACCGCUCAGCCGACUACAACGACAGCAAGAUAACUGAUUCCUGCACGUGUCCAGGAGCUGACUUCACUGACCUCGCAGAGAUCGUUUCCAGGAUAGAACCAGUCCAAAGCUACGUCGCUGCAGAAGCUGAGGAGUCGGACUGUCUGACGGAGUACGAGGAGGACGGGAUGGACACGGUGAGAGAGGAGGAGGGGGAGGAGGAGGAGGAAGAGGCAGAGGAUCCUGAGGACCACUCCCCCGGAGAGUGGGGCCAGAAUGGAGUCUUUCAAACUGAUGAGGAGAAAUCUGUGCGACAACGCAGGAAGCUCACGAGCGACACGUCUGAAGUCUCCGACUGCUGACAGCGGGCCACGGAGGAGCAGAGGGAGUUCAGACAGGAACAAGGGCCAAAUAACGGGAUCCAGAAACUGACAAACCCGGAGACUUGAGCUCAACGCUCGGCUCCUGCAACUCUGGUAACUCUAAAAAAAACAAAAAAACCUCUCACUGACUUUGUCUGAUCACCUGCCGACCCCACCGUCAGAAAAAACCCAAUAUCUCCCUUCUGGAGUAGGAAAGAUCUUUGAGUCGUACUUCACACAAGAGUUUCCUCUCAUUGCUUUCACAAGAGACUGAACCUUUGCCAGAAUCCCUGCCUGCCAAGUCCCAACCCUGCCAAAACAAGUCCACCAAACACAACCAAACAGAGACGCUUAGAGCUCCACCUCACUCUCCUGACUCUCUGCUUUAGAAGGACAGUCUGAGUCCAGUCCAGUCUGUCUCUGCAUCUCUGUGUGUCUCUGAUGUUGUUCAUUGCACUCCGUGAUCACUGUUUGUACACAAUGUAUGGUCCAUUAACUGGUCAUGUGUGCUCGUUCAGAUGAGUGUGUGUGUGUGUGUGAGCUUUUGAAUUGAGAAGUUAAAACUACUGUAAAGCUCUUAAAGUUCAGUGACGAUGUUCGAGUGAGGCAAAGCUUCAGGAGGAUUAGAUGUUGAUGUAAAAACAAAAGUAGACACAAGAUUUAAAAAGAAUGAGUGACUGCUGAAGGUUUUAAUCGUGGAUUUCAGUAACUGUGUUUAAGAAAAGAUAGAGCGCUUAGAGAGGUGUUGUUUUUAUUUGAUUUAUAUAAAACUCAUCAAGAGAACAGUGUGAGCCUGAUGCACCGCAGGCAGACUGAACCCAGCAGAGGAUAGAGACAACGUAUGAUUAGAAGAAUGGAUGAAUUUGUGAUUUCAGUGAGUGUGUGAGAGUGUGUGUGUGUGUGUGUGUGUGUUGAGAUCAAGACAAUGCCUUUACAACCAGUGUUAGAACCCCUCACAGAGAAAAGUGACUGAAGGGAGCAACAAACCAGAGUGAGAGGCCCCACGUCAGAACGUCAGCGAGGUGCGUCUGAUGAAAAUCUUUGAAACUAGCCAACAAACGAUGACAAGUCGGACUGAUCAGGACGACACGCAGAAACUGAGUAACCUUGAAUGGGCAGUAAUCAACUUGUGUAACUAUUAACACUUUAAUUAAUACGGACCUCUUGUAGAAAUUGUAACAAGAUUAUAUAAUAAUAUACACAUGUUAAUAUUGAUAUAUGUAUAUAAGGUGAAAUUUGUAAGUUGAUGCUUCGCUGCAGAACGAGGGAACCUCCACUGAAACAAGAAAAAGGUUCCUCUCUUCAGAUCCUCUUUGAUUUUAUUUAUUGUGUGAAAUGCUGGCUUUUUAAAAAUGCUUUUCUUUUUUAAAAACUGUGGGAGGGAGGAAGGGAGGGAGGGAGGGAGGGAGGGGGGGGUCGUCUAAUUUAAAUAACUCGGCUUUAGCUGUUUUGCACUGAAACAUUUGAAGUAUUCCCUGCUCGGGAGUCGUUUGGUUUGUCACUCACAAACCUACGUGAGACAUGGAGGGAAUCCUAAGAAUUAAAACAGUGAUGAUAAUUUAAUACGCAUAUUAAGAAUAAAUAGAAUAUGCAUCACUUCCUGUGGCUUCGGACUCUUCUGUCAUCACACGCUCAAAAACCAUGAGCUCAUCAGAUUUUCACGGUUAUUAAAAAUGGUCGUCGUUCUGGGUAA